AUGAUACUUCUUGUUCUGCUGCACGCUUGCACCACUGUUGUGUUCCAAUGGCAGGUGGGACAGGCAAAUGCGAAUCUCAGCGGCGCUCCCAACUCUUUGAGUAAAGGAGCUCGUGCAUCGGUCUGGACUGCCUUUGCUUUCUGGUGGUUUGGGGUCACAUAUGGACAAGAGAGUUUUGCUGGGGUUGCACAGAAGGGAGCGGAAAGGCAAUUGAUUUCUGCCAGUGUAGAAUCACUGCUUCAACAAGAAAUCUCAUACUACGACCAGGAAAUCUUAUCAGCAGGAAUGCUUACUGCUAGCCUAGCCAAACAUACAACUAGUAUUGCAGAAACCUCAACUAUUAGCUUAACUCGAGUAAGGGUGGCGCUAGCCACAAUUGGAACUCUGCUAAUGAGCAUGGUUCUUUCAGCCAAGUUUGGUGCCAUGGUGUUCCCCUUUAUUCUGAUUGCAGGAGCAGCAGGUUGGCUACAAGUCAGGGCACUCCAACAUGUAGAGAAGCUACAUCAAGCUUCCCAAGAUGCCGCAUCAACAAUCAUUAAUGAAGCGGUAGAUGCAAUUGCAACCAUAGCAAUACUUGGCCAGGAGAGAGAAACUGUCCAUGCUAUCAGCAUGUGCAAAUCAGAUGCAAAACACCUGCGCAUGUGGCAGAAUACCAAUCAUGCAGCUCAAGCUGUUGGAGAAUGUAUUGCCUUUGCUGUUGGAGCUUUGCUACAUUGGUGGGGAGCACGUCUAUACGUCAGAGGUGAUAUUUCACCAGUUGCCCUCUUUGCAGUCUAUGAAGGUGCAUUUGGAGUCAUUUUUGUGAUUUCACCAGUUUUGCACUACUUGAAUGCAGUCACCAGAGCUCUUCAUGGCUGGACAAUUCUGAAGAGCUAUCUUCAGAGAGAACCUCAGUAUGCCCAGAAGGACCUCUCACAGAAGCAGAGUGCUUCAGUGCAUGAAGCGAUGCACGGUGAUAUUAUUAUAUCAAUGGAAUAUCCAACCCGCAAAACUCAUCUUGCACUUGAUGGACUCAAUCUGCGCUUGCGAGGAGGCCAAGUCAAUGCAAUUACUGGGACAAGUGGAGGUGGAAAGAGCACAAUACUUGCACUGUUACAGCGCUUCUAUGAUCCUACUGAAGGGUGUCUGACAUUUGGUGGUCUUGAUUCUCAGGCAAUUCCUCUAGGAUUACUUCAAUCACAUCUUGCUAUUGUCUCGCAAAACUCUGUUUUGUUUGAAGGUGAUAUAAGGUUCAAUCUCAGCGUAGGUACUGUUAUCCCAGCAUUGUUUCUGCAGGCUGAACUUGAGCAUGUUUGCCGGCAGGCCUGUAUUUUGGACUUCAUACAGAGUUUGCCAGAUGGGUUUGCAACAGACAUUGGCUUGAAAGGUACUCGACUGUCUGGCGGACAGCGUCAACGAUUGUGCAUUGCAAGAGCACUUCUACGGAAUCCAAGUGUUCUUUUGCUGGAUGAGGCCACAUCGUCUCUUGAUGCCGCCAAUGAAGCUGAAGUUGAGCGAGCCCUGCAGAAUGCGUCUAAAGGCCGCACUGUGGUUGUGGUCGCACACAAGCUACAAUCGAUUCGAAAUGCCGAUCAUAUCUUUGUCAUUGCAGAGGGGAAGCUGGUGGAACAAGGGACACAUGAUGAUCUGGUAGAGAAACAAGCACUUUACUAUGACUUGAUCAAAAGUCAGCUAUGA